CGCCAAGAAUCCAUUUUAUGGUUCACGUGAUUAAGAACAGAUUUGCAUAAUAAUGGUUUUGAAAAUGCAGUAGUUUCUCAGUUCAUUUUCAGAUUCCAGCGCGACAACUUCCCACUUAACAUACGGGUUUACGUUGGGUGCUGCUGGUAGGUGCAACUUGCCACCUGAGAAAUCAAGUGUUUUUCCAUCCACAGGUUGUUUCAGCCAAAAUGUCAUGGGGUAUAACUGAUUGCAUAACCCAAGGAGACAUGAGAUAUAUCAAGCCAGUGCUGCAACUCUGGUAACCUUUGCUAACUAUAAAGUAAAAGUAGUUUCAAAUUAUAGUGAUUUCCCUGGCAUUUUUGGCUCACGCGUCAUCAUGACAAUUGGGAAUCACGAGACGCCGUUGUUCAUCUAUGACGUAACAAAAAAUUACGUAACUUGAAGCUAUUCCUGCCAGAAAUUGCUUUGCUCUUUUACGUCAUCAGCAACGUGCAAGAAAGGAAAGGACAAAAAUAUAAUCAAACAGACAAAGAAAACAAUCAAGAAAACAAAAAAAAAACAAAAAAAACAAAAAAAUAAAGGGGAUGGUUAAAUUUGCGAGCUGAAUAUGAAAUCCCGACGUUUUCCAGGAGUUCGCGUCAGCGUCUCAUUUACAAGUCAUCCAAUGGACGUCAUUCAGCCACGGGUUUCCCCUUUGGACUUGGGAACUCGCAGAUACAAAUCCUCGAGUGUUCCCCAUGUGCAAAAAGGAAUGAAUGAUGAAUGGAUCUGAAAUUACGUAUUCCGCCUCGUUCUCUCUUCACUAUAUCCUCUCGCCUCCUUUAGUCACCCAUUCGGCCGCGCGCGUGUGUAUGUACUAUACUCACCGGUUUGUUUAAUCAUCAUCAUUGCUGCUGUAUGGAUCAUGACGACUUACUGUGGGACGACAGAACAUCAGCCCACACAAUCCACUUGCAUUCCGUCGGAAACGUCGCAAUAAUAACAGCUGUACAAGAAAUGACGCUUUAAGUGGGCGGAGCUAUCACGACGAUCCAGCCGACUUCCCUUACCCUCUCUUCCAACUCGCUCCUGUUUCUCUUCCCCACUCUGGUUUAUAAAGGAGAGAAUGCAACCGGUGCCCGCACACACUACUCCCGUCAGUCGUCCGUCGUUCAACAGCUCUCUCUCUCUCCCAACAUCUUUUAUUUCUCUCUUCCCAGUGUCAAACGUCGUGCCGGCCACACAGUCUUCCGAAUUUUCUGAUUUCUGCAAUUCUACGCACCUCCAGAGGAGGAAAGCUCAAGAAGCUAAUGGAUCAUCCGACAUUAUCGCAGCAGCAUUUGCUCCGCAUCUGGAUGAUCCGGAUCCAUUUAGUAUCUUCGAUAGCGGCUCUUUGCGACUGACUCGUCUCUACGGUUUACGCGACACAUGAAAAAGCAAACGGGGAAAAGACUCGGAUCUCCAGCAGUUCUCCCGCCAUUAGGGCACCUGGGCUUUUGAAGGCUGCGGAUCCAGUGGCCAACAUCGCACGUUCAAUAUUUGCUGGGAAUUCACCGCUCACCGAGUUUCAGUUCCCUCUGCCUGGACAGCUGGGCGCAAUUUAAAUAAAAAUAAAAUACGGUGAAAUCAAAUUUUCAUCCACUGGAUUUGCUUUCCUUUGAAAAAGCGAAGGAUUGUGUGUUACCAGUUGCUUCUUCCUCCGCAACGUCCGGCUCGACGGCAGCUGCAGUGUGUUAACAACAACAACAAAAUUCAACCGGAGGACCUAUGAAAAAUCUUGGAACGAAACAAAAGGGAAAAUAAUUUCUUGGCCAGUGAGUGUGUGAAUCGACGCAGCUCUUCCAGUGUGUUUCUUCUUUGGCCUCCCGCCAGUCGUGUGUGUGUGUGUGCCCUCCAGCCAUGUCUUCGCAGGUGGUCUGCUUUGUCUGCAAUCUUCCCAUCUUGACCCACCAGGUGGGACUCGUUUGGCAAGGCGGCAACGGUAUCGACGAGCUCUUGCGUGACUUUGAAGGACCCAAUUCCCUGACAGCCCUACGUACCAGGCUGGGCCGUCGCGAUUCAGCCACUCAAUUUAGAGCCGUCAGUCCACCAAGGACGGUACGCGAAACGUCACCGCCUGGAACGACGGGCAGCGGACGUGAUGGCAAUCGGAGACGGUCAUCUCUUGCCCAGAUUACGGACUUGUUAUGGGGCAGCAAGGACAAGUCUAAUUCCGGCCAUCACAACAACACGUCGGUUGCAUCAUCGUCCCAAGGUGGUCCAGGUACGGGCAAUAACACAUCGAGAUCGCGAGCUGCUACGGGCCGGCGUGAAUCGCUCGUCGAUAUGGCGUUCGGUAAUUUGCCGUGGAUUCGUCGCCAAUCGUCAACGACUAGCGGACCCACGUCCAACGUUGCCGCCUACUCUGCGGGCAUAGACGGCGACAAGUUGCGCAAACGGAGGGAAUCGAUGACGGCUGCCUUUCCCAAACGAUCGGGAGGAAGGAGGGAUUCAGGUGUUGGGUCCGGCGGUUCCGUAUCUGGAAGUUCGGUCGGUUUGGACAUCAGCAAGUUCCAGUUUUUACUGUCGAGACGAGAUCGCGACAGUUCCUUACCAGCCGGAACUCCAGGCAUUAGCCGGACGGAUAGCUCAGCGGGCAUUCAGAGGCAGUCGGUGGAUGGGAACGUGCCCACACAAACGGUGGAACUGAGCCAAGCGCUGAGAGAGCGGCUGAAGGAGCGACACGACUCUAUUGGCUUCCUAUCGCGACGUCGCUGUUCCGGCAUAUCACCGUUGGCCAGGAACAGUGCCGGAUCGAGGGGAGGUGCAACCAUCUCUCAGCAUUCAUCCGCCGGAUCGGUGGCGGGAACGUCAACCGUGGCCACGUCGCCUAGCGGAUUGGGCCUGGCGCCCGCCAGUCCGACCUUCCCUUCGACGACGGUGGUGGUGACGUCGACGACGACGUCGUCGGGAUCGAGUUUUUACGGCGGAAGGCAAGGCCAUGGAUCGCCUUCCUCGCCCCGCCAACUCAGCCCCGUUCAGGGUUCGUUGCCGACGUCGCCGCGUUGCCAACUCGUCACGACGACGGCCAAUUGCGGAACGUCGCCGGAUCACAGCCUGUGCCCGAUUUUCAGCGCCACCAGCAUCCCACCGAGCCCGGAAGGCAGAAGCACCAGCCCCUUCGGCGGAUCGAUGGUGAACAGUAGCAGCGCGAACAAUAACUCGGCCGCAUCUGCUUGCCCCGUUGUUGUCGCCCCGGAAGAGUUCGUCAAACCGAUUUUGCUGACGAGCGCACCGUCGACGGAGAGCACGACGUCCAUCAACGCUCCGAUCGUGUCUGCUCCCGUCGUGGUCGAAUUGGCAACGCUGGGCGUCAGUCGACACCGCCGACGAUCCAGGCCGUCCGUUUCGCCCGAACGUCCUUGUUCCAGCAGUCCGUCUGCAUCGGGACGUUUACCGCGUCUGCGGAGACAGUCGACCACCUUAGAUGAAGGUAUUCCGAUUGGUGGCAAGACGGGCAGGAGAGGAUCUCGCCCUUUUUUAUCGCCCGAUGCGCCUCCAGCGGCGACUUUGAUGGCGGCUUUGCAAACUCAUCGCGAUUCGCUGUCGCCCGAUUCGGCCGCCGAGGAGGCGCUCUGCGGCAGCGCUGGCCUGCUGGGCAGCGGCUCGUCCAAGUUGCGCGGCCGCCGCGAUUCGCGUCCUCACCUCAGCCCGGACGGCGAAUGCGGCGGCGAUGGAACUUCGCCCCGAGGCAGCCGCAUCCGUCGCCAAUCGACCACCACGGAAGACAUUUUCAAAUGUCGAAGCAGACGAGGUUCCAAAGCAACGACAACUUCUACAUCUAAACCAUGUCGUUCGGAGAGCAGCUCCACUUGCAGCUCCAGGGAGCCGUCGCCCAAAGAGCCCAGCCUCAGGAGACAGUCGACGACGACCGAGGAGAUCCUGAUCGCUCGCGGCUUCCGUCGCCAAUCGACGACCGAGGAGAUGAUGCGUUGCCGCAACUUCCGUCGCCAAUCGACGCAGUCCGAGGAAUUAUCGAAAACGCGGGGCCGUCGCGAUUCGUGCGCCCAGAUCAGCGACGGCACCGUUGCCACGAUGACCGUUGAAACGACGGCCGCCUUCUACGACACUAGCACUCAAACAGAGCCGUCGAGUGUCUACGACAACAACAUCUACCACGAGGAAUGCCUCCGCUGUAACGCCUGCGGUGUCAACCUGACGGGCCCCAGUCAGAAGCGCGCCCGUCGCUUCAAGAAUCAAAUCUUUUGCGACCUCCAUUUUGCCGACGUGGCUCUCAUGGAGUCGUCCGACUUCAUGCAGCAAUUGAGGAGCUUCAAGCCGCAAUCGCUCGGCUGUGCCGUCGCACGACGCAAGAGCAGCACGACGCUCAUUUUCCCGCUCCCGCCUCAGGCCUGUUCAGAUGAAUUUUGCGAUGGUUAUCCGCACAAUUUUACUCCGACGCCCGGCUACUGGAUCGAAUGUUCUCGCCAAAGCGCACGAGCUGGACGUCGGCGCAAUCACGGCAUCCAGGAAGAAGGCAGCCAGGACAAUUCGAAUAGCGCGUCUGACGAUGAAGACGAUGACGAGGAAGAGGAAGGAGACGGCCAGGCCGGCCGCGAAGACAACGACAACGGCACUGGUGUUCAAACGGACAGUUUCGACGGUGCCGGGUGCAGCCAGUUGAACCAACGCCACCCCAAUGGAGUCACGUCCGUCUUCACCAGCACGGACACUGUUGGUGCCGGCCCAUCGGAUCGCUCCGGCCGAAAAGUUCAGCUAGUCCAUCAACAUAUUCAAGUCAGUUCGACGAGUUUGCCGGAGAUCCACGAACUGCAAGCGCGUCGCAAAACGGCCAUUGAGGAGCAAUUCGACAGGGCGGGAACGUUUGAAUUGACUUCGGUUGAACAGGAAACUUACGAGCGCUACUUCUACGGCACGGAGCACUGGAACUAUUUCUCCAACGAUGAAGAUCUCGGCCCGGUCGUACUCAGCCUCAAGCAGGAGAUAAUCAACGGACGCGAUCAAUUCAGGAUCCUGGUGCGGGCCAUCAGCUACACAGUGCACGGAUUAAUCCCAGCGUCGUGCGUCUUUGCCGACCGCUAUAACCGCGAAGAAGUCGUCCGCUCGCUGGGCAAAGAAAUCAAUCUGAACCCGCCAUUGAUUCUUGGCCAGUUGCCCGAUACGCCCGAAGAGCUCCUCAAACUCGAUCAGGUUUUUAUUAAAUCCGAGCUGAAAGUGGGCGUUAUCUACGUCAAAGACGGCCAGUUUAGCGAGGAAGAAAUCCUGGACAACAACGAACACAGCCCUUUGUUCGACGAAUUCCUUCAGAUCAUCGGCGAUAAAGUGCGACUCAAAGGUUUCGACAAGUACAAGGGCGGGCUGGACACGGUGCACGACUUGACGGGUCUUUAUUCAGUGUACACUCACUGGCGCGGAAUUGAGAUCAUGUUUCACGUCUCCACCCUCUUGCCUUACGAGAAAAACGACCCUCAGAAAUUGCAAAGGAAGAGGCACGUGGGCAACGACAUCGUUUGCGUCGUCUUUCUCGAAUCGAAUACCACCGAUUUCUCACCUGCCUGCAUCAAAUCGCAUUUCUUGCACACGUUUAUUCUUGUCCAGGUGUCGCCGAAAUCGCGCAGGAAACCCACCCGAUACGAAGUUUCGGUGGUGACCCGUGACGAAGUCGGGGCGUACAAGCCCUACCUGUGGGAACAGUCGACCUUUCAUAAUGGCGUCCUCUUUCGUGAGUGGAUGCUCACGAAGAUCGUCAAUGGCGAACGGGCUUCUUAUUCGGCCCCCAAGUUUGCCCGCAUGCAAGAGCGUACCCGCAGUCAGAUGCUGGAAGAUAUCGUGGCUAAUCUACAGAAUCACGCGGAAACUGGACAGAUCCCCAAACCUUACAGACGGGGUUCUUGGCGUCCAAUCGGUCACAUGCGGCCGUCGAGUCCUCUACUGGAUUCUGUGCGGGAUCAGUUCGAAGGCUACGAUCAAUUGGCCAAAGAUUUUGCCAAAGUCUUCCUCAAUUCGGACCCGCCAUCAAUCCUAUUCGACGUCAGUUUCCUCGUCGGACAGGGCAAAACGAAAAUGAAAUUAUACGGCGUACGGGCCAUCUUGGGGGUGCGCAGUCGAGUGUUCCAGGAAAUGCUGUACGGAAUAUGCACGGGUUUCGGAUCUCCCCAAGUCCCAGUUGCCGAACUGCUGGCCAGAGCCGCACCCACGCUGCACAGCCCAGGUGGCCAGCAGCGUCACAAGUCGUCCAAUUUCCUUCAAGUGCCUGAUAUCGAAUCGCCCAGACCGAAAAGUGUGCCCAGCAGUCCGUCAGUGAUGCGAGCCUUUUCCAGGUUGGGAAACCUGACGGCCGGUUGGGGCCGAAGUAGUAAAAAACAGGAUCGUUUAACGGUCGAUGAUAAAAAGUGGACCAGUUCUCAGGAUUGCACCAAAAUGGGCAGAGAAGGUCGAGGAGAACGGGGUUCAGCUGCUGACCGGGCAGCCGCAGCAGCUGGAAGUAGCAAUAACAGUCUGGCCGUUCCUCGACUCAGCGUUUGCGCCGACGUCCAGAAGGUGGACCGUUCCAAAUUGGCGCAAACGGAGUUCGCCAUUAUUGAAUUCGAUGCCGAAACAUUCCGCUUGCUACUCGACUACCUGCACACGGGCUCUUGCCCGUGCACCUGCAACAAUAUCCCUGGUCUCAUUUGCGCGGCAGAACAUUACGACCUGCCCGAAUUGCUGCAAGCCUGCUUCCAUCACGCCAAGCAGUUCUUAAGAAUCGAAGUGGUUUGUAGUAUGUUGUGCCUACUGGAAAAUUAUUAUUGGCGCUACACGAGUGCCUCCGAGUUGGUCAAUAUGAUCCUGCUCUUCAUCGAGACGCGGGCGUAUCAGGUGUUCCAGUGCCAAGAUUUUCUAUCGCUCUCUGAAUCCAUCGUCCAGAUGAUCAUGGCGCGUAAUCUGGAAGUGCCUGAAGUUCGCAAAUUCGAGGCCAUGCUCCAGUGGGCCAAGCACAAAAUCCGGACGCGUGGCGCAGCUUCGCGAGUUGACGCUAAAAUCGAAUUCCGCUGCACGAUGGAACGUCUCACACGUGACCUCCGAUUCUACCGAAUUUCUCCUCAAGAUCUCAUUAAAAUCGUCUUGCCCAGCAAGGCUAUCAAAAAUGAACGCAUUCUAGAAACGCUCAUGUUCCAAGCCAAUUCCGGCAUGUAUCGCAUCCAAGAUUCCUACUUGGAAGCUUGCCAGCAACGUCUCCAGAAACAAGAUUCUCGGUUUUCCGAAUGGGACUCGUUUGAUUACGGGCUGUGAAAGAAUUUCAUUCGCCCCACGACUUUAAUAGCCGCAUAAUCCUUAAUCAUAAACAAAUUCUUUUUGUGUGUGUGUUUGUACGUGCGCGCAAAAAUUGGCGCUGAUGCGCAGCAAAGGGGAAGAAAUACUCUAGACUAAUUGAAAAAUAAUGAUUAUUACUGUUAAUAUUAACAGACCACGAUAAGAAACAAUAGAUACACAUAUAUAUAUUAUUAUUAUAUACUAUAUAUUGAUAUACAGUAUUUGAUAUCACUAUACAGCUCACUACAUCAGGACUGGUUCGAAUUAACUCUUUCGGUUUAUUUUUAUAUUUUUUCGAUGGCGUGUGUACUGAAAUCGAUCAUGUCUGGACAAUCUGCUUACUGGACCGUCCAGUUUCGUAAGUAAUCCGCGUAAACAAAUAGGAAAUUAUGUUUACGUGUGUGUGUGCUGUGUGUUUCAGCCUUCUCGUGAGGGUGUCCGUGUGCACGUCUGUCACAAACUCCCGUUCAUUUAUUGACCAAUUGUCGGCUUAUUUGUCUCGACUACCCCAUCACGUUCUAUUUCAUGAAGUGGCAACCUGUGUUCCCGUGCUGCAAACUCCUAAAACCUCGUCGUCAAGUCGAUUGUUUAUCUCUUGUUCUCCCACAUUUCCUUCGAUGUCCUUCCUCAUUUUUUGUGGAACCAAAAAGGCAGAAAAAAAACCAAAAAAAAAACAUCCCACUGGUGUAAUCUCAUUUUAUUCUGGGAGUUUUUGGUAUUAUUGUUGAUGUGAUUCUAAUGCAAACGCAGCUGUUGCACAGCGAAAUAUGUCGGGAGUGUUGUGUUUGGCAGGUCACAGAUCCCAGGAUGAAGUCGGCAAUUUUCCAUUUCUCGUCAAUGUCAGACCAGGGCACUCAGUAGGGAAAAACUAAAUAAGCAUUUUAAGAAAGAAAAUAUUCUAAAAAGAGAUUCUAGAGAAAAAAGAAACGCAAAUUGAUAGUUUUUAAUUACAUAAUCUAUUUCCAGAGAUUUUUAAAUCAGAGUAUUAAAAUAAAUGUAUAUCUGUGUAGACUACUGUGUUUUUUUUUUUUAAUAUUAUUGAUUACUGAUUUAUAAUUCUCUUAUGUUUAAAAUAACACAUGGUGGCUGAAAUAAAAUGAAGUCAACUGUU